AUGCGAGAAAAGGUUUUCGAGUUGAAUGCCAUGGCUGACUAUGCAUAUGCGGCAAGAUGGAACAAAGUUAUCCCAGCCAAACGUUCAAGAAUCGCUCAGUAUGAGCAAGAUCAACCCCCUCCAGUGUUUUUUAACCAGCCUCGUGUUACAGUUCCACCUUCUAAUUAUGGUAGUGAAAUGAUCAAACCUGAAUAUUUAACUGAUAACGGUGGAUUUUAUGGAGGUUUCUACAGUGGCUUUAGACCUCCUUUAAUGGAUCAGACAACAUCUGGGGCCAGUUUUCAAGGUCCUUCCACUCGUGCAUUUCCUCAGAAGCCCGGUCCAAAUCGACCGACUACUUUCCCAAAACCUAGGAAAUAUCCACUCAGGGAGAAGAAAUAUUCGGCCACUGGCAAAACAGCUGCGAUGGUUUUAAAUGAAUUAUUUCCCGAUUUCAAGGAACAUUGUGUUUAUGAAACGCUCGAAACUACAGCCAAGAUACCACGUUUUAAGUGCAGUUUCAAUGUUCGUGGAAAGAACUUUUCUGCUGAGGGGUCGAGUAAGAAGGUUGCUAAGCAACUGGCGUGUGAGAACGCACUGAAGGAGUUGCGUCCUGAUAUAAUUUUAGAAGGGCCAUCUUUCAAGAAAGCUGAGGAAGAAAAAAUGAUCGCUCUAGCGGAACAAGCCGGAAAGAAACCGGAGAAGAAAAAAUCCGAUCCGAAGAAUUCAAACUAUUUUUACGAUUACUUCAUUAGACUGUGUCGUGAAAAGGAAGCAUCAUCUGGUGAGAAAUUUCAACCCGUCUUUCAGUGCAAUCAAAUUCCAUGUGCUCCACUAAAGCCUAAUGUUAAACGUUACUUAUGCUUGUUGACGCUGCGUGAUCAAGGGAAGCAGUAUACCAGCGAAAGUUCAAAUAAAAUAGCGGCUCAGAAUUGUGUUAUUAGAGAGGCUCUGCUGGACUUGUUCAAAUUAAGCUCUGCAGAGUUAAAAGAAGUUGAAAGAGCUGCAAUUACGUUACGUCCCGGCCCGCCUAUGCAGGUGCUCCUGCAAGCGCUCAGUUUCUACGAUCGCUCAGUGUGUAUCGAUAGUGACACUGGUGAUGAAAAGCCUGUGGAACCAAAUAGCCGUUUCGUGGCCAAAUGUAUAUUGGAUAAUGAGACGGAUUUGAGGCGACUUGAAGUCGCUUAUCUAACUGGAUUUGUUUCAAGCCUAACAUAUAUGCAGAGCUUGAUUAGUGAUGUAGAAGUGAUUGUUGGUCCGUUAGAGGAGAGUAAGCAGAAGGCAAAGGAUGCGUUGUGCAUAAAAGUUAUCACGGAAGAACUUGGUUUAGAAAUGCCGACAAACGUAACUGGAGUGAAAAAGGGUUCGAUCAUACUCUCUCCUUGCUAUGCUCUUCAUACACUCAUGAUAAAACAAUACCGGAACCCGCGUCCGGACGUUGUGUACUCUGAUGGUGUAGAUAUAAGUGGAGGGCCCAAUAAAGGACCGCUGUUUAAGUGUACAGUAACUUUGAAUCAGAAAGAGAUAUUCGAAGGUACCGGGUCUUCUAAGAAGGCUGCGAAAAGUGCUGCUGCAGAAAAGGCAUUAAAUGAAAUGUUUAAGUUUGAUAUUUACGCAGAAGGCGCUGUUGAAGCUCUCAGUUCAAAACGGCAAAGAGUUGACGAAACUGCUGAAUUGUGUAAUGCUGUCUGUUCGUUAGUUCGUACAGAGUAUGAGUCUAUUUGCCAAGUUCAAGGAUGUCCGCUUACGACGCAUAUUGCAGCGUUUGUUAUCAUUGCGCCAGAUGGUAAAAAAUUUAUGGCUGCGUUAGGGGCUGGAAGGAAUGCCAUUAUCGAUGGUCGUGCUUUGAAAAGCAGUCAGGGUUCGCUGUUAAUUCACAUGCAAUGUGCUGUAUUAGCAAGACGAGCAUUCUUAUUAUAUCUUCACAAACAGUUGGAGAAAUAUGGAACAGCUGAUUCUGUUUUUGAAAAGACUGAAGCUGGAAAGUACCGACUGAAGGCUGGUUAUAAGGUGGUUCUGUACACUGCUUUCCCUCCAAAUGUUACUCGCGCCACCUCUGAACCUCAGAGGUUAUGUUGUUAUAUUGGAAAUGCGAACCUGCCUUGUGCAACUCCUGAGACAGUACAGACUUUUGAAGAAAUCACUUCUAGUGGAUGCGUUAAUGUUAUGAGCGUAGCAGAUAAAAUGUUAAAGUGGAAUCAUUUGGGUGUGCAAGGGGCAUUGCUGUCGUACUUAGUCGAACCAGUUUUCAUAUCGCAUUACUUCAUUGGUGUGCCAUCUAAUGACCGGGUGAUUGCCAAUACCGUCUUGCUGCGUUUUCACGAUGGGCGUAAAAAUGAAUUCAUAGUUAAGUCAGGACAUUCGGCUGUUCGUCCUCAGGGAGAGAUUUAUCACAAUUGGGUUGCAGAAGUUGGAAUGCUAGAACGGUUGGACCCGGCCACAGGUAGAACUGUUGCUGGUGCUCCUUCACGCUUAAGUAAAAGUGAAUUAUUUGAAAGUUGGAAUCGUCUUUUGGCAACUGUAGGGUUCAACGAAGAAAGACUGAACUGGUCCUGCGCGGAAGCAAAGCAAGCAGCGACAAUCUACAACUGUGCGGUGACAGCGUUUUAUGACCAGCUAAAGGAUCGUGGCUUUGGUGUCUGGCAGAAAAAAGAUCGUGUGGAUAACUUCACUUUGGCUUCUUUCGACUGCUGA